GUCACAUCGCGCGCAGCUCUUUAGUACACGCGUACGCACGCACAUAUGCACACGCGCGCGCGUGGCGUGUCUCGCCUUCGGGGUCUCCUUUUCCUCUCGACAAGCUGGAAUUGUUGAAUUCACGUCGGUGACAGUGCGACUUCGGAGGGACCAGAGAUAUUCGGAAGGGACGAUGUCAACAACAGUGGACAAAGUGGAUGAACAGAUUUCUGACGCUAGUAAGCUGCAGCAAAAUGGUCACGAAAAUAACAAGAGCGAGGAGCUGCAGCUCGAGGACGUCAAUGAUAAUAACAACGACGAGACCAUCGAAGUGGAAAUGGUUGUACCACCUGACGGAGGAUGGGGCUGGGUGAUUGUUGCAGCCUCCUUUAUGUGCAACUUUUUCGUCGACGGUAUCAUUUUCAGUUUUGGCGUAUUUCUCAACGACAUCGCAGAUGCGUUCUCUGUUUCGAAAGCGAGUGUUGCAUUCGUUAACUCGUUACAGAGUGGAUUUUAUCUUAUGGCGGGUCCCUUCGUAUCUGCCCUCGCCAAUCGAUACGGCUUUAGACUGGUGGCGAUAUUAGGAAGUGUGAUAAGCUGUGCCGCCUUCGUCCUCGCGUACUUCAGCACUUCUAUCGAAUUCCUUUACAUUUCUUAUGGUGUAAUUGGUGGCAUUGGAGCAGGUCUAAUAUACGUGCCGGCUGUGAUAACUACCGGUUUUUAUUUUGAAAAAUGGCGAGCCUUAGCCACAGGUAUCGCAGUAUGUGGUUCCGGUAUCGGUGCAUUUUUACUCGCACCUCUUUCGAAUUUACUCUUAAAAACUUUUGGCUGGAGAGGAGCUUUUCUGUGUCAAGCAGGUAUGCUAUUACAUUGUGCUAUAUUCGGCGCGAUGUUCCGUCCUUUGAAACCAACAAGGAUUAAGGUAAAGAACACCCCGGAAAAUACUGCGCUCGAGGUGAAAACUACAUUAAUUGGAAAAGGUGUGUCCACGACCUCGUUGCACUGUGUGCAGCCGAGCAGAAGUGGAUUCUUCGGCACGAAUAACAAUACGGAAUAUCCGACGGCGGCAGAACUCCUCGGCAGCAGCCCUAACAUAGUAAACGCAUCCAAGUCCCUGCAUUCAUUGCACGAGGUGCAUGAAGAGACUCAAAUCUUAGAGAGAAAUGUAAGCACUUCGGAGAAACGGUUAUCCGCACCAAUAUAUCCUGCGGAUAGUCCCGAUUUGGAUGCUAUGACUAACGAAGAGAAAAUCGCCGAAGAAAACAAUCUGCUCAGUGGCGACUUAGAGCGAUUGAAUGGAAAAGUACCAACGAUUCGUCGACAUACGAUAAGUCGUCUCCGAACAAAUUCAGAAUGCAGCCAAAAAUCUCUUCGAAUGGGCAAACGUAAUUCGAAAGAUCCACAGAGACCGUUCUACAGAGACGACAUCUUCUAUGGCGGCUCUUUGAAUAGACUUCCUCAUUAUAGAUCUCAGCAAUCGUCGGUCGGUUAUCACAUGUCGGUGACGCGAUUGCCGACAGCAAAGGAUGUGGCAGAGGAAGAAAGUGGAAGUUUCUACCUAUGUCCGGAAAGUGUACGACGAAUUUUGAUCACAAUGCUCGAUUUAAGCCUCUUAAAAAGUCCGUCCUUUUUAAUAUUAGCGAUCUCUGGUGGUCUCACUAUGAUGGGUUUUUAUACACCCUUUUUAUAUGUAACAGAUCGAGCAAUAAAAGCUAAUAUUGAUGCUUCUACGGCGAUGUUCCUCGUUUCGGUGAUCGGUAUCGGUAAUACCAUCGGUCGUAUCGUUUGCGGCUUAGCAAGCAGUUUGCCUGGAGUUAAUGCUCUGGUUGUGAAUAAUAUAUUUAUCAGCGUCGGUGGUUUAGUAACUAUGUUUUCCGGCCUUUCUUUAACCGAGGGAUAUCAAUUCUUUUAUGCAGCCAGUUUCGGCCUCAGUAUAUCUGUAUUCGCUUCUCUCAGAUCGAUUCUCGUUGUGGAUCUGUUGGGCUUAGAAAAACUAACAAAUGCUUUUGGGCUGCUUCUUCUGUUUCAAGGUGUGGCAGCGACUGUGGGCGCGCCUCUCGCAGGUGCAUUUAUGGAUGCAACUGGGAGCUAUGAUGCCUCGUUCUACCUGUCGGGUAGCUUGAUUCUUAUGUCAGCCGUUAUCUGUUAUCCGCUAAAUAGGAUCAACAUGUGGGAGAGGCGCAAUGAGAAGAAACCAAUCGCAAUAGAACGCUCCGCAUCCUGA